GUACCUCACCCACGCAGCUCCGAAGCUGUCCCUUUCUGCUCCAUCACAAACCCACGACGACACACCGGUAUCGACCCGACCCGACCCCAUCACCAAUCUCCCUCACGCUUUGACGACAGACACGGCGAAUUGUAUCUUUGACGAACAUCUACCUUUAAUAUCCCCCUUCCGUCCCCCACACACACCCCGCCACCAUGUCGACCCUUGAAGAGCUCGACGACCUCGAUCGUCAGGACAAGAACGACAAGAGAGAUGAGGGCGACAAGGAUAAGAAGGACAAGAAGCCCACCAACGACGGUGAUGCCGAAAUGGAGGAUGCUGAGAAGGAGGAAGACAUCCUUGACGACGAGAUCCUGAACCUCAGCACGCAGGACAUCCAGACACGCAAACGGCUGCUCGAGAACGACUCCAGAAUCAUGCGCAGCGAGCUGCAACGGUUGACGCACGAGAAGGCAACUAUGGGGGAGAAGAUCAAGGAGAACCUCGACAAGAUUGCUAACAACCGACAAUUACCCUACCUCGUGGGCAACGUCGUCGAACUCCUCGAUCUCGACCCUACUGCCGAGUCAUUGGAGGAGGGUGCCAACAUCGAUCUGGACGCCACCCGCGUGGGCAAGUCCGCAGUCAUCAAGACCUCCACAAGACAAACCAUCUUCCUCCCGUUGAUCGGUCUGGUCGACCCCACCACCCUGAAGCCUGGCGACCUCAUUGGCGUCAAUAAGGACUCUUACCUCAUUCUCGACACGCUUCCGGCCGAGUACGACAGCAGAGUCAAGGCCAUGGAGGUCGAUGAGAAGCCGACAGAGAAGUACACGGACGUUGGUGGUCUCGACAAGCAGAUUGAGGAGCUGGUCGAGGCCAUCGUCUGGCCCAUGAAGGAGGCGGAGCGGUUCAAGAAGAUUGGCAUCAAGGCGCCAAAGGGUGCCCUGAUGUACGGCCCCCCCGGUACCGGAAAGACGCUGCUGGCCCGAGCCUGCGCAGCACAAACCGACGCUACAUUCCUCAAGCUUGCCGGUCCUCAGUUGGUUCAGAUGUUCAUUGGAGAUGGUGCUAAGCUUGUGCGCGACUGCUUCGCCUUGGCAAAGGAGAAGGCCCCCGCGAUUAUCUUCAUUGACGAGUUGGAUGCCGUCGGUACGAAGCGUUUCGACAGCGAGAAGAGCGGCGACAGAGAAGUCCAGCGAACUAUGCUUGAGCUUCUGAACCAGCUUGACGGUUUCGCAUCAGACGACCGCAUCAAGGUGCUGGCCGCUACCAACCGUGUGGACGUCUUGGAUCCUGCGCUACUUCGUUCAGGCCGUCUCGACCGAAAGAUUGAGUUCCCCCUGCCGAACGAGGAAGCGCGUGCGCAGAUUCUUAAGAUUCACUCUCGCAAGAUGAGGGUCGACCCCGCCGUCAACUGGGGCGAGCUGGCCCGCAGCACGGACGAGUUUGGUGGUGCCAUGCUCAAGGCCGUCUGUGUGGAGGCCGGUAUGAUUGCUCUCCGUAUGGGCAAGAACAAGAUUAGCCACGAGCAUUACGUGGAUGCCAUUGCCGAGGUGCAAGCCAAGAAGAAGGACACGGUCAACUUCUACGCUUAAUCCAUUCACGUGUUGGGUGAUGCCGCCGCUGGGUAUCUGGGGUUAUUGCUUCUGGCGGGAACGGGAAUGCAUAGAGGAGUCGAAUGCGAUAGACAACAACUUUGUACGAUUACCACGGACACUCAAGCGGCCCUAUAGGAAUGGAAAGCAGGGUGAUUGUGAUCCCAGCAAGCAGUCCCAUUACGCUUCCCGUUGAUACUUGCCAUGGCGGAUGUGCCGUUUGUGAAUUCGAUGUUUGAACAUGGGAAAGUGAGGCCUCUUGCCAAGUGGCGUUCUCGGUGAGGGGAACACGGGGCAGAAGCUAUCCACAUUUGGAGACGGCCAAGUAUACUGAAAGUUUGACACCCUGACUGAAGCCUACGAUAGUUAUCAAUGAUCGGCACCCGAGAGGCGAGAAGCAAAUACGCGUUCAGCUUCACGGUCUCCAAAAAGGAUCGGCAAGCUGUCAGGAACACCUCGCAAGAUAUCAAAACUCAGGCUACUGCAGGUCGUAGGACCUUGUCGAGCUGAGGCCGAUCUCUGUUGCGAGGCCAGCACAGGCACAGGGUUGUGAGUGAGCAGGCAUUCGAGAGAUGGUUGCAGGUAUGCAUGGCAUGCACGCUCUUCACAAGUUGCGAUCUUCCCCCGGGUAAGGGCUAUGAUCUGGCUGCUUACGUAGGUGCCAUCCGUAUUGUCGUUUCUGGGAUCCAUGUUUCUUGGGGUCCUUGGGACGAACGGCCAAUGAUGAAGGUCAAUGGCAUUGAUGAGGAGGAAUUGGGAACCUGUGGGAGGUGUUGCAGGCACGGCCAUGGUAGCCGAGUAUCUUGAGCAUCGCG